ACCUGGACCUGCCAUAUCAAUUGCCAAGCCGACGAUACAAAGGGCACUGUCGUUGAUUACCACUGGGACACUUCGACCACAUUGAACCCAAGCUACGGCUUUGUCGCUCACAAGGACGAUACCAAAGAGAUUAUCGUCAGCUGGCGCGGCAGCACAAUCCUGAUGGACUGGAUCAAGGAUUUCACCUUCUUGCCGGUUUCCUGGCCCUCCUCUGUUUCUGGCUCCAAGGUACACCAGGGCUUUUUGCAGACAUACUCCUCAGCUUCAAGCGGUAUUGAGGCAGCAGUCUCAAAGCUGGUCGCAAAACACCCUGACUACAGCAUUGUUCUUACCGGGCACUCGUUGGGUGGUGGUGAGGCGGCUAUUGCGGCAGCAGACUACGCGGCACGUCACCCGGAAUGGCUCAGCAAGCUGAAGCUGUUUACAUUCGGUGAGCCGCGGGUCGGCAACCCGGCAUUUGCUGGAUGGCUGUCGCAGCAGCCGUUCCCAAUCUACCGAACAGUUUAUAAGGGGGAUCUGGUGCCCCGUGCGCCUUUCCAGUUCAUGGGGUUCAAGCACCAUUCGCAGGAAGUCUGGUAUGACGAGAACGGCGCGCUAAAGUUCCAGGGCAGUAAUGGAGAGAGCCCCUAUGGAGAGAAUAGUCUGACGCCGCUCCAGUGGAGUGUGCUCGACCACUUGCGGUACCCUGGUCUCAGC